AGGUAGCGCAUGGGGGUUUGUGUGUGUGCGUGUGUUUGCAUCGGGAACAACGGGGUUUUGCCAUUGGUCGUGGCUGCAUCGUGUGCUUCGGACCUUCCUUUGGGUUGGCUGGAGAGAGGAGAUCUCCGCUGCGAUCUGGCUGAAAGACCCAGUUUGUGGGUUCCUUAGGAUGUAUCCGGGGUUUCUGAAUGAAGACUAUUGCAGGUAAAGGGGACGGAAACAGAGAGCAGGCAUGGUUUAAAUUGGAGUCCUGCAGUCUCUGACGUUGAUGCAAAUAUUUGCUGUUUCAUAGAAGAUGCUGGGAGACCGGGAGCUGUCGGAUCUCAAGGGAGAUCUUUACAAGGACCUCGCAUUUCCGGCUAACGACGACUCUCUCUUUUUCAACUACUCGACUCCGUUGGCUCAUUUCAGGGGGGAGAUUUGUUGGCUGAGACCUCAGGAGAUUUGUUCUACACCUCGAUUAUUUUCCGACAAUCAAUAUGAGUGGCAAGUCAAGCAAGGGAUGCUGGGAGACUGCUGGUUCCUGUGUGCCUGUGCCGCUUUGCAGAAGAGUAAAUACUUGUUGGCCAAGGUGAUACCUCCGGGUCAGCCCAGCUGGAGAGAUGAGAAAUACAGAGGCUGUUUCACUUGCCGGGUCUGGCAAUUUGGGCACUGGGUGGAGGUCACCAUAGACGACCGACUGCCUUGCCUGGGGGGCAAACUCUGCUUCUCGCAGUGCCAGACAGAAGAUGUGUUUUGGCUCCCUCUGCUGGAAAAGGCCUAUGCCAAGGUGCAUGGAUCUUACGAACAGCUCUGGGCAGGCCAGGUUGCUGACGCUCUUGUGGAUCUGACAGGAGGCCUAGCGGAGAGGUGGUCCCUCAAAGACCCAGGCCGGAGCACAGAAAGGGAGAGGGCAGGCAAAGUUUUGGAGAAGGGGGUAUUUAGGAGGCUGAUGAACUUGAAAGAGAAAUGCGUAAUGAGCUGCUCUGUCUUCAGCUCACGGCAAGGUACCAGCGAACUGGGGGAGUUCCACGCCUUCAUCGUUGUCGACAUGCAGGACCUCUCCAAAGUGUCCCGGAAGGAGAUCAUCCUGCUGCGGAUCCGUAACCCCUGGGGGAGGCGUUGCUGGAAAGGGCCCUGGAGGGAGGGUGGUCCAGGGUGGAGCCAACUGGACCCUGUGGUUGCUGCGGAGCUGUUGUCCCAGAUCCAGGAAGGAGAAUUUUGGGUCGAAGAGGAGGAGUUCUUUGCGGAAUUUGACGAGAUCAUCACCGGGUACCCGAUUACUGAAGAAGGACAGCUUCAGAGCCUUUACACCGACAGAGUGCUGAGCCACACUCAGAAGCUGUACGGGUCCUGGGUGAGGGGCCAGUCCGCAGGCGGUUGCCGCAACAACAGCACCUUCCCCACGAACCCCAAGUUCUGGCUGAGGGUUUUUGAGCAGAGCGAGGUGUGCAUUGCCCUCCUGCAGAAACACCGCAAGCACAGCACCGACUGGGCGGGAAGGAUCCGCAACUGGCCCCGCUUAGUGGAAGCGGAUCCUGCUUUAAAUGAUGGCACCCAGGGCAAAAAUUACCACGCGGUGGGACUCCACAUAUGGAAGGUCGAAAAGAAACAGUUCAGCCUCCCAAAGACGCUCUCUGCCCCUCCAGUUUCCAGCACCGUUUGCCACUCCUACAACCGAGAGGUGCACCUGCAUUGCGACCUGCCUGCUGGCUAUUACCUGGUCAUCCCCAGCACCUUCCUGAAUGAUGCCGAGGGCAACUUCCUGCUUCGGGUCUUCUCCAGCGGAAGAAUCUCCCUCAGUGAGAUAAAACUCCCGUCGCCCGACAACGCCAUCCGCGAAGAGCUCCCGGGGGGCGAGUGGGACACAGCCCGGCUGGAGGGCUGCUGGAGGAAAGGGCAGAAUGCCGGCGGCAGCCGCAACUUCCCGUCCUUCCACACCAACCCCUGCUUCCCUUUCUCCGUCCCCGCAGGCGUGGGGCAGAGCAGCAUCAAGAUUGCCCUCCGCCAGCACUGCCCAGAUAACAAGUGCCGCCCAAUAGGGUUUCACAUCUUCCAGGUCCCCAGCGACAACAACAAUGUGAAAAUGCCUUCGUCUUCCUUCCUGCACUUGGAGCCAGUGGUUAGUUGUGUGCCCCAUUGCUACUCGCAGGAAGUAAGCCAGCUGUGCCGUCUCUCUUCAGGGAAUUACGCCAUUGUUCCUUCUACGUAUUUGCCAGAUACAGAAGGCAGCUUCACGGUGAUCGUAGCUACCAAAAUAGACAGGAAGAGCAUUCGGAGCAAGGAGACCUUGGGGCAAAGGCUGCAAGAGGUCUCCUUCAAAGCCGUGAUGAAAAUGUAAUUUGAAAUUGGCACACCCAGCAAGGGAGGAAGUGGCCGGGCGCCUCGGGAAAGGCAAUAUACUGUUUUUGC